AUGUCCACCGCCGAAGAGCUCUUGCGGGAUUUCGAAUCGGACGAUGAAGAUCUCCAGGAUGUUCAGCAAGAAGAGGGAGGAGGCGAGGAGGAGAUGAUUGACGAGGAAGAGGAGCAUCGACAGCAGACCGGGCCUGAGGUCACCAACGAGUUCGAGGUGGCCCUGUCAACCGGAGACGAACUGACGCGACUACACAAAGUGUUACGAGACCACUACUCGAUCCGAUUUCCAGAACUGGAGACCCUCGUGACGAACUCGAUCGACUAUGCAAAGACCGUUGCUAUCCUGAAAAAUGGCCCCCUCAACGACAUCAAAGCACUGUCGUCAUCGGCGGACAACAUGGUCGGCACGCCUCUUAAAUCGAUUCUGGAUGGUCCGUCUCUGAUGGUGGUUGCCGUGGAAGGUACUACGACUCGAGGACGUGAGAUGACCCCGGCGGAGUUGAAGACGGUGCUUGAUACUUGCGAGAGAAUUCUGAAGCUGGAUCGAGAGCGCACCGCUCUUACGCAAAGCAUCCAGUCGCGCAUGAACCAGAUCGCUCCCAACCUGGCAGCGCUGAUCGGACCGGAAACGGCCGCUCAGUUCCUGAACCAAACGGGUGGACUACGCGAGCUGGCCAAGAUCCCCGCGUGUAAUUUGGGCGCUCAGGGUAACAAAAGAAAGGAAGGGCUCGGCUUUGCUACGAACAUCGGCAUCCGAUCGCAGGGAUUUCUCUACGAGUCCCCGCUGAUCCAAGACAUCCCGAACGACCUGAAGCGACAGGCCAUCCGCAUUGUGGCCGCCAAGAUGGUUCUCGCUACGCGGGCAGACGUUUCUAACUUCAGCCCCGACGGGUCACUGGGCGAGGAUUUGAAACAGCAGUGUUUCCAGCGGCUGGAGAAACUGACGGAGCCGCCGCCAAACUCCGGGACCAAGGCACUUCCCGCUCCGGAUGAUAAGCCGUCCCGCAAGAGAGGUGGACGACGGGCUCGCAAGGCCAAGGAGGCCGUGGCCAUGACCGAAAUCCGCAAGGCCCAGAAUCGCGUUGCGUUUGGCAAGGAAGAAGCGGAGGUUGGGUACGGCACGGGCGAGGGUACCGUCGGUCUGGGUAUGCUGGGUCAACAGAAUGACGGGCGGAUUCGCGCCACGCAAAUCGACCAGAGAACCCGGGCCAAGCUGAGCAAGUCCAACAAGGGAUGGGGCACCGCGACGCCUGCCAGCGGCACCGCGUCGUCUCUGCGUGGCUUCGGACAGGGCGGUCUGGGAGGCACGGCCAGCGUUCUCCAGGCGAAGGGUCUCCGAAGCUCUGGCAUCGGCACCUCGUUGGGCGCAGGAUCGGCCGGUACCGCCAGUACCAUUGCGUUCACUCCCGUGCAAGGCCUUGAGCUGGUUGAUCCGAAGGUCCAGGCCGAGAUGAGCCGCAAACGCAAGGCGGAAGAGGACCGAUGGUUCAAGUCCGGCACCUUUACGCAGGUCGGAGGCAACCAAAACAACGGCAACAACAACAACAACCAGACGGACAGCGCCGGCUUCAAAGUGCCGGCUUUGCCUGCCAAGAAAAAAGUCGACACGGGCGAGGGUAAAAUGGCACCGCCUCCGCCGCCCCUCAAGCGAUAA